AACAACACUCCCUCCUUGUGGAACCCGUGUUGCCUUUGCUCGGCGUUCCAAGUUCUAGUGGACGGCUGCGCCACGACGUCGGCCGUCCAACUUCAAACGAUGAGCACGCGGGACGGUCCAUCAAAUGAGCCGCACACGAUGAAGCCGACGCCAGAAAUGGUGGUCCGAAAGGGGCAGCCGCGGGGCCUGUGGAAGGAGCUCGCGCGCAUUGACGGCGACAAUCGUGGGCGUGAUUUCUGGGACAGCAGGGAAGCUGGGUUAGGGAUGCUUUUGAGGUUCAUUGAGCCGCUCAUAAUGGAAACUGGUGGUGAACUGAACGCUGUUCUCGAACCUUACGACGACGCCACUCUGCUCGAGCAACACGGAGCGGACGUUUUUGAUCUCUUCGUUCGGCUGGCGUCGGAGGAAUUAUGGGGACAAUGGAUUUUUUUGUUGUUGGAGGUUUCCGCGUCCGGCCGCAGCGCGAUCGCGUUCCAGAGGCUGUUUCCUCUCUGCCCGGAAGAGAUCUGGAGUGAUCAGCACAACAUAAUCAAUCUCUUGCGUCGCGUCGUGAUAGUGGGACACAACACGGAGGUGCUGUCAACGCUCCUGGAGAUUGAUGGAGCCCUCCCGCUCCCGUCGGGGUUUGUCCGUGACCUCGUGGAGGGUGCCGUGAGAGGAGGGAGCGUUGAGGUCAUGUCUACUCUCCUUGCGGUUGACAGCGUUCUCUCGCAGGUGCAGGAAGUGGACGAUGCAGGAUACUCUAGUCUCCCCAUUCUUUCUAUUGCCGCAUUUUUAGGUGGCCGGAGCAUGGUGGCGGCCCUGAUCAAAGCGGGCGCUCCCCUGGAGUUCCAAUCUAGACGCGGCAGACCCCCUUUGGCCACGGCGGUUGCAAGCGACCGUGACGAGGCCCUGGGGAUCGUCCGCGACCUACUGGCUGUCGGGGCCGACGUGAACAACGUCGGCCACAAUGAUCAAACGAAAGGACCCUUUGGGAAUUCUCCGCUGUGCUUGGCCGCUGCCAAGAACAAGGAAGGAAUGAUGGACCUUCUUCUGGCUGCCGGAGCCGAUCUUGGAAACGAGCGGGUGGACAUCCUCCCGCUCCACGCUGCGGCCCACCACCACUCGUGUGGAGCACUGCAGCGCCUAAUUUCAGCUGGCGCGAGCGUGCACCAGUUGGAUUCGAGAGGUCGCUCUGCGUUGCACGUGGCGUGUCUGCACAACUGUGAGGGUGCCGUCAAGCUACUGCUGCAGUACAACGCCCGCGUGACGUUGCUUUGCGAUGGCGGUCUUUCGCCGUUCGACGUGGUCGCCAUGGCAGUUCUCAACAGGCGACAGUUAAAUAGGUGCUGGGGAUUGAGGCGACGGCCGUCUACUUUAAACUCCAACGAGACCUCAGUUGCUGACCGUAUUCUAGAGAUGCUGAGGAGGGCCAGUGCGUGGGAACGCCGUGGUUGGCUCGUCCUCAUGCGCCACCGAAUCGCACACGAUCCCCUUGCCGCGGGGUCAUCCUCACGGCCGCCAUCGUUCGUAGAAUCAGAAUUCGGCGAUCAAACCGCAACCCCGCACGACAGCGAGACGAAAGAGGACGCCAACGACGGAGGUUGCGAGCUUUCCGUACAUGGAGACAUCGAUUUGGCAGGUGCUUCCCCGAGGGGCACGGCGCCGUCUGAGGCGAUUGAAGGCCGAUCAGGCCACGCCUUCACUCUGGAAACACCAGCGGUGGACAGCAGUAGCCCCAACGGUGGAGGAAAGGUCCAGGUCUGCGAGAGCUUGCGUUGUGCUGUGGAAUGGCUCGUACAGUGUCCCGACGAGGUUGGCAUCUUUCGCGAAACCUUGGCGUUUCUUUGA